AUGACAGAAGACAAUUGUUUCGUUUAUGCUUGCAUUCAGGCUGGAGUAAAUGAAGAAACUAUUGACCACAUGAGAGAAGUCAUUCGUGUUAGAGACUUUCCUCAAAGUAAAGUACAAGAAAUUUCUGACGCAACAGGUAUAUCAUUUAAUGUUACCAUUGGUUAUUUCAAUGAGUCAAGACAUAAUGAAAUAAAGAGAUAUAUACCAAAAGAAUGCGAAACUGUUCGAACUAUUGACUUACUUCUUGUUGAAGACCACUACAUGCUAAAUGAAAGAUUACCAAUGACAACAUACUUCAUUCGAAACUAUAAAGAAAUUCUCAAAGCUUGUGGUGGAAUGAACAUUGAGAAACAGAUGAAGAUUUAUACAAAGAGAGAAGAUAAAUAUGUUGUUCGUUAUGAUAGAACAACACCGUUAUGGGAUGUUAUGAAAACAUUGUGGGAGUGCAAAUAUUUCGAACCUAUUUCUUAUGGAGAACUUUUCACAUAUACUACUGACUUAUAUAAACAGAACCUUGCACCAUUUAAAGAUUUGACAUAUGCUCCAAAGUAUUGUGUACAACUGAAGAAGAAAGCAGAGUCAAAAGAAGUAAAUAAAGCUAAAUGUAAAUUCAUACCUGAGCACGUUUUCUUUGCUGACUUUGAGUGUAGUACGGAUGGCUUUCAUAAAGCUUUUAACAUCUGUUAUGACAGUGAAGAUGGUUCAGUUAGUGAAAGCAUUUGGGGUCAAAACUGUGCAACAGAAUUUUUGGAAAGACUUCCUGACAAGAGUUUAAUAUAUUUCCAUAACCUCAGUUAUGAUAUAAACUUCAUCUUAAGACACAUGACAGA